UCUACUUCAGUCUUUCGUGUCUUCACAGAAUGAGAUAUUUUCAAACGUGGUCACCAACCAGGUCACAAUUGAAUGAAGUGAGCACUCUCUUACUUUACAGUGUCAAUAUCUUUCUUCUUACCUUAGCUUCCACCUUAUCCGCUUCAUCCAGUGAAGAAGAUAAGGGUUGACAUGGAAACAUCGAUGAUCUCUUUACAUCAAAUUUUCCGAAGAAAUCCCUCGUUGUAAUUUACUUGAUUGAGUCCUUCACCAUGUCUACAAGCCCCCCUCCUAUGCUUUUCUCCACAGCCACCACCAACAACAGCCACCAAAGCCAACACUUGAGCCACACACACCUCAUCCACUUGUUGAACCAACACACCUCUAUGCCUCAACUCAAGCAAAUUCACGCUCAAACGCUACGCACAGUUGACACCAACCACCCACAAGCUCUUUUUCUCUAUGCAAGAAUUCUUCUUUACUCCUCUCUGGCUGAUCUCAAUUACGCCACUCGUGUCUUUCACCACUUUUCGCACCCCAAUUCUUUCAUGUGGAACACCCUCAUAAGAGCCUACGCUCGAAGCACCAACGCCAACCACAAGCACAAGGCCAUGGAGCUUUACAAAGCAAUGGUGACGGGGAAAGAGAAUUCCGCAGUUCCCGAUAACCACACGUUCCCUUUUGUUCUGAAGGCAUGCGCUUACACGUUUUCUAUUUGUGAGGGGAAACAGGUGCAUGCUCACGCUUUGAAACAUGGGUUUAAGUUAGACACACACGUUUGUAACAGUUUGAUUCAUUUUUAUGCGACAUGUGGUCGCUUAGAUUCGGCAGAGAAAAUAUUUUAUAAGAUGAAUGAGAGAAGCGAGGUUUCCUGGAAUAUCAUGAUUGAUUCCUACGCAAAGGGUGCAAAGUUUGACACUGCUUUGAAGAUGUUUGGAGAGAUGCAGAAGGAGCAUGACCCUGAUGGGUAUACGAUGCAGAGUGUUUUCAGUGCUUGUGCUGGUUUGGGUUCUUUGUCUUUGGGUUUGUGGGCACAUGCUUAUAUUUUGAAAAAGUGUGACAAGAAUAUUGUGGAUGAUGUUUUGGUCAACACUGGUUUGGUGGAUAUGUAUUGCAAAUGUGGGGAGUUGGAAAUUGCAAAGCAAGUGUUUGAAAGCAUGCCUGCUAGAGAUGUAAAUUCAUGGAAUUCAAUUAUCAUGGGUUUUGCAAUGCAUGGUAAGGCUGAAGCUGCGUUGGACUAUUAUGUCAGAAUGGUCAAGUUAGAGAAAAUUGUUCCCAAUUCAAUCACUUUUGUUGGUGUUUUAUCUGCAUGUAACCAUAGAGGCAUGGUAGACGAGGGCAUUGUUUAUUUUGACAUGAUGACUAAGGAGUACAAUGUGGAAACAAGAUUGGAGCAUUAUGGUUGUCUUGUUGACCUUUUUGCUCGAGCUGGGCGCAUCGAUGAGGCUCUAAACGUGGUCUCAGAAAUGCCAAUCAAACCAGAUGGUGUAAUCUGGAGGAGUCUUUUGGAUGCUUGUUGCAAGGAACAUGCAAGUGUUGAGCUUAGUGAAGAAAUGGUAAAGCAAAUCUUUGAGUCAAUGGGGAGUGUGUGUGGUGGUGUUUAUGUGCUUUUGUCAAAAGUAUAUGCUUCUGCUUGUAGGUGGAAUGAUGUAGGGUUGCUUAGAAAACUAAUGAGUGAUAAGGGUGUGACUAAAGAACCUGGCUGCAGUUUAAUAGAGAUAGAUGGAACGGUUCAUGAAUUUUUUGCUGGGGACACCACUCAUCCACAGAGUGAAAAUAUAUAUAAGUUUGUGAGUGAAAUCGAUGAGAAGUUACAAUCAAUAGGUUAUUUACCCGACUACUCAGGAGCAACUAUGGUUGAUGAGGCUAACGAUGGUAAACAGAAUACUCUAAGAUUGCAUAGUGAGAGACUUGCCAUAGCAUUUGGAAUCUUGAACUCAAGACCAGGCAUUCCAAUUAGAGUGUUCAAGAAUCUCAGGGUGUGCAAUGAUUGCCACAGGGUUACCAAGUUGAUCUCCAGAAUAUAUAAUGUGGAGAUAAUUGUAAGAGAUCGAGCCCGAUUCCAUCACUUUAAAGACGGCACUUGUUCUUGUAUGGAUUAUUGGUGAUUCAUGCUGGCUGGUGUUCAAGGUAAUAUGUAUAUUUGAAAUCACAUUCUAGAACAAAAAGGAUUGAAUUCAUUCUUUAAAUAGUCCUUAUGUUAACAAAGAAGGAUUGAUUUUGUCAACAAA